UGUAUAAUAAUUUUCCACUGUCUAUUAAUAGAAACAACUAUGUAAAUUUUUAAUCCAGAUAUCAAUGGGAAAAUUUAUUUUCUUCUGGUAAUAAAUUGACAGUGGACACCUGCCUUUACAGUGCAAUUAAUUAAUAAAAUUCAACGUAUAAAGUGACCUUAAUAUAUUAUGAAAAUUAAAUUUGAUUAUUGUUGACUAUUGUUGACUAAUUUAUAAUCAGUAAAUAAUUGUCAAAAAAUUGCUUAUCAAUUUUUAUAUUCAACCUGAAGACCUGAUCCACAAGUUAGCAUUAAUUAAUUUCAAUAAUGACAUUUGAUAAUGAUGAACUGCAAGAUGACGAAGAAGAAACAAUUGUUUAUGUUGAAUUUGAAAGUACAUCUGGUAAUGAUGCAUUUCUCAGUGAAAAACUUCAAUUGGACAUGAUUGGAUUGGAUACUGAGCAUCCAAUAAUGAGAAUAAAUGGACGGCAUUAUGAAGGUACUUAUGAAGAUGCUGUUGGUACUUGUAUGCUGUUUGAUAAAGAUAAUCCAAAAGUAGAAGAUCCAGUAUUUGAUAAAACACCAAAUAUUCGUUAUAAUACUAAAACUAAAAAAAUAUUAAAAAUGAAACGGGUAUUUGUUAAGCCAAGAUUAGAAGUUCUUGGUGAUUCAAAUUGUUCAAGUUGUAUACCAAAUAUUGAGACAAUUAAAGAAGCUGGUGUACCACCAAAAUAUCAACAAGAUGCAUUAUUAUUAUGGGAAAAAAUAAGAAAUGAAAGACUUGAAGCACGUAAUGAUUAUUUAGAAAAACAAAAACAAAGAACAGAAAAAAGACAACGUGGUAUUGAGCCAGAUUCAGAUUCAGAUGAAGAUAAUCCAUUUGUUAUGUAUAAAAAUAAAGAUGCUGAUGAUAAAAUUAAUCAAACAAAAAAUGAUACUGUUAAAAAUAAAAGUCAAGAGUUAAAUAAGAAAAAAAUUGCCAACUCUUCUGAUAUUCUUCGAGUAAAUUUACAAAGAAUUGAUGCACCAAGUAGUUCAAAAAAUUCAAAUACCAUUAAAACAUCAGAAAAAAAUAUAUCUGUUGAUAAAAAAACAUCAAAAAAUAAUCCAGGUGUUGAUAAUUUAAUUUUGAAAAAUAAUAAAAAAGCUAGUUCAUCUAAAGAUAAUGGAAAUUUACAAAUAAUUGAUACUGAAGUAGCAUCUUGUAGCAAAAUGACUACAAUUAUUGAUGAAAAUAAAUCUUUAAAAAAUGAUCAUGUAGUUGGAAAGAGUGUUGACGAAGCUGUUGUUGAUGAUAAUAAAUCAAAAGAAUCCACAAGUCAAACUGUAAAUGAUACACCACCCUCAAAACAACAAAAAAGAGCAGCAAAAAUGCAAGAAAUAUCUGAAAGAUUUAGAAGAUCAGCAUGUUUAAUGAAGCUACAAACAGAUAAAACAAAAAAAGAUUCUUAAUUUUCAUAUAUUUUUUCAUGUAAAUAAUUAAA